GGAACACUAUGGAAGGUUUUCUUUUACAGUCUGAGAUAUUUAUAGUUAUGUGUAAGCACACAGUUUAUAGAAUAUGUAAAUGGUCCAUAUGUUAACUUAAAUACCCUUAAAAUAUUUUCCAAUAAUUUAAAUCUUUCCAUAAAAGUAGCUGAAGCUGCUUAUAGUAAAAGAGAAGUAUACACGAAGGAUAGAAGAAUUUAGAUGUAGUUAAUAUAAAUAUGAAUGCCACUUUGGAGGAACUGGAAGUAUUUGCAUGAACACCGAUCAAGUCAUGCCUCCUUGUUAAUAGAGUGAACAAAACAGACGAAAGUUUCUGUUUUCAUGAAGUUUAUGUGAAUAUCAAUAGCUUCCAUAUUCUGAGGGUUUAUUAUGUGACAGAUGCUUGGGUUCAAAAUACUUAACUUGUUUCCUUUAGUCCUUAAAAUAGAUGUUAGGAUUCUUGUUUACAGAAAAGUUAAGGAAUGUUCAUCCAGAUCAUGAUCUAGUCAGUCAGUGGUAUAGAGCAGCCACUGGAACCCCUCUUUCCUGAUCCAAAGCCAACAUACUUAACCAUAAUAAAUAAUGCCAUUGUCUGGUGGAAUCCUGUAGUCCGUUAGAUAGCGUAAUUUUGUAUUUAAUGUAAACAUUUUGUGCUUUUUAAAUUUUACUUUUUAAAACAAUAUUUUAAUUCUGAAUGAGCAUUUGCAUAAUAGGAGAAUGAUCUAAAUUGCAAACUUCCAUUUUGAAGAGUUGUAGUUCUUUUAAAUCUUUUUGUAACUGGGAAGAAGAAUGGAUUUAUGUUUGUUGUAAUCCAAGGAAAGUUGGUUAGCAUUCUUUCCUGUUACUUUUUGAUCCAAAAAGAAAUUCUUUAGUAGAUUAAGACCAGGAAUGAAUGUGCGGAUUUUUUUUUAAAUAAAAAAUUGAGAGAGAUAGAAACUAGCAAUUCAGAGCCAGAUUUAUGUUCAGAAAUGUUUGAUGCCAGCCGUUUUAGUUACAAAUAGCUUUUUCUUGACUGUACAGUUGUGUUCUUAUGAAAGUACCAUUCUGAAAGUGGUGUAAGAGACCAUGUAAAAUGAUUGGAAUGCCUCAGCCUCUGAACAAUGGCCAUAGCCAAUUAUUAAAAUUACCCAGUACUAACCUGUCUUAGCUUGGGAACUAUGGAAUUAACUGUGGGUAGCAUUUCUACACAUACCAUUACAGAACAAGCAUAAAGACAACCUUGUUUUUUUCCUGUUCUGUGGAUUUUUUUUUUCUUAUUACCAUCUCUUUUGUUACUGAAAACAGGUGAUCAUCUAUACUAAUAGAUAAGAGAAGUGUGUUUGACACCAAUACCUAAUCUUAGAUUAUCCCUGCUAUUUUAAAACACAGUCCUUCACCUGCAUGCUCAGACAUGUGGGUUCUUUCAAACAUACUGGACUUCCUCCUUAGGUUUUAGUUGUGUUAGUCAGUAGUUGAAUGAUGAAGGAGAGGAUGCCAAGGAAUACUAAAGACGGUAAAAGAGAUAAGUGACAGUAAACAUUGUUGAUUUUUAAUUAUCUCUCAGAAUGACUAUUAGAUACCCUUCCCUACUACAUUUUGAUUUUUGCUUUAGCAUAGCUGGUGAGUUUUGGAAUCAGAGAGACUGAGCUCUGAUUUGUACUAGCUAGGAAUAUUAGACAAGCCACUUCUUUAAGUCUCAGUUCCCUUAUUUAUAUAAUGGGAAUAAUAGUAAUAUCUGACUUGCGGGAUUGUUUGUAAAGAUUGAAAGCAGCAUAUUUAAUUGUGCUUUCGUGGUUCUGGCACAAAAUAGGCACCUGAGUGUAAGGGCCCCUGAACUUUAAAGUUCAUUACUUUCAUGGUAAUUCCUCCUUUGAAAUAUAUAGUCUGGGAACAUUUGUCUCCAGACCUUCUUGUUUCAGUUUCUUUUAAUGACUCCCUUUAGGUUCUGCUCCAUGGCCAAGGCAAGAUUAUGGAUCACCUAAAGUGUAGACUAAAAGUACUAUCGUCUAGUAACUUCAAGUUUGUAGAUUAACUCACUGUGAAUCAAAAGCUUUUAAAAAUCUUUUGUGUGGUCAUAGUUUGUAGUGUCUUGUACCUCUCAUCUCAGAAGCAAUUGAUUCAUAGAAAAAUUAUUUAGGAUUUCAGAUUAAAGAUGAAGAACUCUUUCAAUAAGGAAGAACUUAUUUGGUUGGAUUAUUUGUUUCUAUCUUUCACCCCUGAGUCUUCAUGGAAAUCAGGUUUGAAAUGUUAGAAGCAGUUGGUUUUCAGCAUUGGGAAAGCUUAUCUAAUCAGGCAUGCGAAGUGGCCUAUGUCAGAUUUCUGGGCUAGAGAAGGCUAGGGGAGGUUGAGGAGAUUAUUGUACUUGUAAUUCCUGAGCAUGGUUGAGACACAGGGAGAGGACUGUGGAAAUUGUUUUUAAAAAGUUGUUGAAGUUAAUGCGUUCUUGGGUGGAUUUACUAAACAGAACAAAACAAAAAGUUGUUGAAGUUAGUUACACUGGUCUGACAAUGUAUACUUACCACCCCCAUUUGGGCUGGAGGAAUGGAUCUAAUAAUAAUAUAGGUGUUUGUGAUCUAAUUUGAAUAAUGUAAUCAUUUAUCGUUUCUGGGUUAGAUGGUAAGGAUUUUCUGUUUCACAGAUUUUUAGACUGGGAAUUGUACUAUUAUAAAAUAAUAUUUUACAUUAAAUAAUACUUUCCGGAUUUUAAUCACCUUAAUAGACAUGGUCUUAUUUGAGCCACAAAUGAACUCUGCUAAGAAUGGAGGGCUGGUUACAUUAUUUUAGUUUUACAGAUGAGAAUAAUCAGUCUCAAAUAGCUUAAGGGAAUUCCUUUAGACCAUAUGGUUAGUGUAUGGGAAAGCCAGAGCUAGAACCCAGGUUCUGAUUUCCAAAGCAGUUCUUAUUUCAUUAUACCACAUAAUUUUAUAAUGUCCCUAAAUCUGAAUUUCAUUCCUCAUGAUGUGAAAGGAUUCCCUUCGUUUAUGUUUGGUUAGCUGUGUCAGAGCACGACAGUAAUGGAGCAGACUUUGAGUAUUCUUUCCCCCAGAUGGGUCAGUUAGCUUUUCUUAAAGCUGUUCUGUGCUUGCAUUGUUAAUCAGUUGUCCCUGGUUCCUAGACAGGAUGUUGAUCAGAUGUGAAAUAGGCAGAAAUAUGUGACUGACUCAGCCUAACUCAUCACAACUUUCAUAUGUCUUGCUAGUGGGUCCAUGAUGUCACUGUCAUUUACAGGCAUUUUUAAUUUUCUGAUAUCUAUUUCUUAGUAUUUUUCCUCAGCCAUUUUCAAUGUCUCAAGCCAUAGUUCUUCCUGAGUGGCCUGAAGUCAUUUUGCUGCUCUCUAAAGCUUCCUUAAGGUUUCUCAAGAGCGUAAAACAUAGGCCACUUCCAAAUGUAUUUUUAUUUCCUAGCUCUUAGCAUUUCUCACCUUAUCAUUAUAACUUUAAAUUUAAACAGAAUACAAAUUGUGUGCACAGAUGGGUGUGUCAGUAUUGCACUGUCACUUAUGUAAGUGCAGUUUAGCAUUUCUUCUUUCCUUUUAAUCAAAAUGAGGAAAUAGAAAAUGUUUUGUUAUGGUAGUUUUACACAUACACCCACAAGGAAAUAUGUACCUAGAGUCUGUGGGAACUGUAACUGAUACAUUUCAGGGAAGAAAAUGUAUGAUGGCUAAACUUUUAACUCUGCCAAAUGUUUAUGGGGAAAGAAAAAUUAACAGACUCACAUUUUACACUUUAGUUUAUCCUAGCCUCUGCCUUGUUUACAUCUAUAUGAUAAUGAAGCUAUACUUGUCUUUCCACAACAGUGUAUUUUAUAUGUUGUACCUUUUGUUUAAGGGAGCCUUCUUAAACUUUCUUUCAGUUGUCCAGUGUACAGAAGCUUACUGCAAGGAGUGGCCAACUAGUUAAAGGUUUGACACCUCAAUAUCAACAAAAUGCCAAGUGGAUCAUUUUCACUCCCACAGCAAUCCAGUUGGACAUUUGACCAUGCCCCGUGGUCCAUGGAGAGCUUCUCUGAAGGCCACUUUUAUCUAGCACAUCACGGCUAUACACCUCUUUCACUAGAAAGAAUUUGGCAGUUUUAUGUUGUGAGAACUGAGAUUCACCAUUCUCCACCAUCCUGAGAAGAGCUUUGGUAGCAGGGCUGCUCCUGAGCCUUGCAGUGUCGAGAUGGCUAUGAACCCUGUGUAAAUGAAGGAAUGUGUGUUACCUACCACAAUGGCACAGGAUACUGCAAAUGUCCAGAGGGCUUCUUGGGAGAAUAUUGUCAACAUCGAGACCCCUGUGAGAAGAACCGCUGCCAGAAUGGUGGGACUUGUGUGGCCCAGGCCAUGCUGGGGAAAGCCACGUGCCGAUGUGCCUCAGGGUUCACCGGAGAGGACUGCCAGUACUCGACAUCUCACCCAUGCUUUGUGUCUCGCCCAUGCCUGAAUGGCGGCACAUGCCAUAUGCUCAGCCGAGAUACCUAUGAGUGCACCUGCCAAGUUGGGUUUACAGGUAAGGAGUGCCAAUGGACUGAUGCCUGCCUGUCUCAUCCCUGUGCAAAUGGAAGUACCUGUACCACUGUGGCCAAUCAGUUCUCCUGCAAAUGCCUCACAGGCUUCACAGGGCAAAAGUGUGAGACUGAUGUCAAUGAGUGUGACAUUCCAGGACACUGCCAGCAUGGUGGCACCUGCCUCAACCUGCCUGGUUCCUAUCAGUGCCAGUGCCCUCAGGGCUUCACAGGCCAGCACUGUGACAGCUUGUAUGUGCCCUGUGCACCCUCGCCUUGUGUCAACGGAGGCACCUGUCGGCAGACUGGUGACUUCACUUUUGAGUGCAACUGUCUUCCAGGUUUUGAAGGGAGCACCUGUGAGAGGAAUAUUGAUGACUGCCCUAACCACAGGUGUCAGAAUGGAGGGGUUUGUGUGGAUGGGGUCAACACUUACAACUGCCGCUGCCCCCCGCAAUGGACAGGACAGUUCUGCACAGAGGAUGUGGAUGAAUGCCUGCUGCAGCCCAAUGCCUGUCAGAAUGGGGGCACCUGUGCCAACCGCAAUGGAGGCUAUGGCUGUGUGUGUGUCAACGGCUGGAGUGGAGAUGACUGCAGUGAGAACAUUGAUGAUUGUGCCUUCGCCUCCUGUACUCCAGGCUCCACCUGCAUCGACCGUGUGGCCUCCUUCUCUUGCAUGUGCCCAGAGGGGAAGGCAGGUCUCCUGUGUCAUCUGGAUGAUGCCUGCAUCAGCAAUCCUUGCCACAAGGGGGCACUGUGUGACACCAACCCCCUAAAUGGACAGUAUAUUUGCACCUGCCCACAAGGCUACAAAGGGGCUGACUGCACAGAAGAUGUGGAUGAGUGUGCCAUGGCCAAUAGCAAUCCUUGUGAGCAUGCAGGAAAAUGUGUGAACACAGAUGGCGCCUUCCACUGUGAGUGUCUGAAAGGUUAUGCAGGACCUCGUUGUGAGAUGGACAUCAAUGAGUGCCAUUCAGAUCCCUGCCAGAAUGAUGCUACCUGUCUGGAUAAGAUUGGAGGCUUCACAUGUCUGUGCAUGCCAGGUUUCAAAGGUGUGCAUUGUGAAUUAGAAAUAAAUGAAUGUCAGAGCAACCCUUGUGUGAACAAUGGGCAGUGUGUGGAUAAAGUCAAUCGUUUCCAGUGCCUGUGUCCUCCUGGUUUUACUGGGCCAGUUUGCCAGAUUGAUAUUGAUGAUUGUUCCAGUACUCCGUGUCUGAAUGGGGCAAAGUGUAUCGAUCACCCAAAUGGCUAUGAAUGCCAGUGUGCCACAGGUUUCACUGGUGUGUUGUGUGAGGAGAACAUUGACAACUGUGACCCCGAUCCUUGCCACCAUGGUCAGUGUCAGGAUGGUAUUGAUUCCUACACCUGCAUCUGCAAUCCUGGGUACAUGGGCGCCAUCUGCAGUGACCAGAUUGAUGAAUGUUAUAGCAGCCCUUGCCUGAACGAUGGUCGCUGCAUCGACCUGGUCAAUGGCUACCAGUGCAACUGCCAGCCGGGCACAUCAGGGGUUAAUUGUGAAAUUAAUUUUGAUGACUGUGCAAGUAACCCUUGUAUCCAUGGAAUCUGUAUGGAUGGCAUUAAUCGCUACAGUUGUGUCUGCUCACCAGGAUUCACAGGGCAGAGAUGUAACAUUGACAUCGAUGAGUGUGCCUCCAAUCCCUGUCGUAAGGGUGCAACAUGUAUCAACGGUGUGAAUGGUUUCCGCUGUAUAUGCCCUGAGGGGCCCCAUCACCCCAGCUGCUACUCACAGGUGAACGAAUGCCUGAGUAAUCCCUGCAUCCAUGGAAACUGUACUGGAGGUCUCAGUGGAUAUAAGUGCCUCUGUGAUGCAGGCUGGGUUGGCAUCAACUGUGAAGUGGACAAAAAUGAAUGUCUUUCUAAUCCAUGCCAGAAUGGAGGAACUUGUGACAAUCUGGUGAAUGGAUACAGGUGUACUUGCAAGAAGGGCUUUAAAGGCUAUAACUGCCAGGUGAAUAUUGAUGAAUGUGCCUCAAAUCCAUGCUUGAACCAAGGAACCUGCUUUGAUGACAUAAGUGGCUACACUUGCCACUGUGUGCUGCCAUACACAGGCAAGAACUGUCAGACAGUAUUGGCUCCCUGUUCCCCAAACCCUUGUGAGAAUGCUGCUGUUUGCAAAGAGUCACCAAAUUUUGAGAGUUACACCUGCUUGUGUGCUCCUGGCUGGCAAGGUCAGAGGUGUACCAUUGACAUUGACGAGUGUAUCUCCAAGCCCUGCAUGAACCAUGGUCUCUGCCAUAACACCCAGGGCAGCUACAUGUGUGAAUGUCCACCAGGCUUCAGUGGUAUGGACUGUGAGGAGGACAUCGAUGACUGCCUUGCCAAUCCUUGCCAGAAUGGAGGUUCCUGUGUGGAUGGAGUGAAUACUUUCUCCUGCCUCUGCCUUCCGGGUUUCACUGGGGAUAAGUGCCAGACAGACAUGAAUGAGUGUCUAAGUGAACCCUGUAAGAAUGGAGGGACCUGCUCUGACUACGUCAACAGUUACACUUGCAAGUGCCAGGCAGGAUUUGAUGGAGUCCAUUGUGAGAACAACAUCGAUGAGUGCACUGAGAGCUCUUGUUUCAAUGGUGGCACAUGUGUUGAUGGGAUUAACUCCUUCUCUUGCUUGUGCCCUGUGGGUUUCACUGGACUCUUCUGCCUCCAUGAGAUCAAUGAAUGCAGCUCUCAUCCAUGCCUGAAUGAGGGAACGUGUGUUGAUGGCCUGGGUACCUACCACUGUAGCUGCCCCCUGGGCUACACUGGGAAAAACUGUCAGACCCUGGUGAACCUCUGCAGUCGGUCUCCAUGUAAAAACAAAGGUACUUGCAUUCAGGAUAAAGCAGAGUCCCGGUGCCGAUGUCCAUCUGGAUGGGCUGGUGCUUAUUGUGACGUGCCCAAUGUCUCUUGUGACAUAGCAGCCUCCAGGAGAGGUGUGCUUGUUGAACACUUGUGCCAGCACUCAGGUGUCUGCAUCAAUGCUGGCAACACACAUUACUGUCAGUGCCCCCUGGGCUAUACUGGGAGCUACUGUGAGGAACAGCUCGAUGAGUGUGCGUCCAACCCCUGCCAGCACGGGGCAACGUGCAGUGACUUCAUUGGUGGAUACAGAUGCGAGUGUGUCCCAGGCUAUCAGGGUGUCAACUGUGAGUAUGAAGUGGAUGAGUGCCAGAAUCAGCCCUGCCAGAAUGGAGGCACCUGUAUUGACCUUGUGAACCAUUUCAAGUGCUCCUGCCCACCAGGCACUCGGGGCCUACUCUGUGAAGAAAACAUUGAUGACUGUGCCAGGGGUCCACAUUGCCUUAAUGGUGGUCAGUGCGUGGAUAGGAUUGGAGGCUACAGUUGUCGCUGCUUGCCUGGCUUUGCUGGGGAGCGAUGUGAGGGAGACAUCAACGAGUGCCUCUCCAACCCCUGCAGCUCUGAGGGCAGCCUGGACUGUAUACAGCUCACCAAUGACUACCUGUGUGUUUGCCGUAGUGCCUUUACUGGCCGGCACUGUGAAACCUUCGUCGAUGUGUGUCCCCAGAUGCCCUGCCUGAAUGGAGGGACUUGUGCUGUGGCCAGUAACAUGCCUGAUGGUUUCAUUUGCCGUUGUCCCCCGGGAUUUUCCGGGGCAAGGUGCCAGAGCAGCUGUGGACAAGUGAAAUGUAGGAAAGGAGAGCAGUGUGUGCACACCGCCUCUGGACCCCGCUGCUUUUGCCCCAACCCCCGGGACUGCGAGUCAGGCUGUGCCAGUAGCCCCUGCCAGCACGGGGGCAGCUGCCACCCUCAGCGCCAGCCUCCUUAUUACUCCUGCCAGUGUGCCCCACCAUUCUGGGGUAGCCGCUGUGAACUCUACACGGCACCCCCCAGCACCCCUCCUGCCACCUGUUUGAGCCAAUAUUGUGCCGACAAAGCUCGUGAUGGCGUCUGUGAUGAGGCCUGCAACAGCCAUGCCUGCCAGUGGGAUGGGGGUGACUGUUCUCUCACCAUGGAGAACCCCUGGGCCAACUGUUCCUCCCCACUUCCCUGCUGGGAUUAUAUCAACAACCAGUGUGAUGAGCUGUGCAACACGGCCGAGUGCCUGUUUGACAACUUUGAAUGCCAGGGGAACAGCAAGACAUGCAAGUAUGACAAAUACUGUGCAGACCACUUCAAAGACAACCACUGUGACCAGGGGUGCAACAGUGAGGAGUGUGGUUGGGAUGGGCUGGACUGUGCUGCUGACCAGCCUGAGAACCUGGCAGAGGGUACCCUGGUUAUUGUGGUAUUGAUGCCACCUGAACAGCUGCUCCAGGAUGCUCGCAGCUUCUUGCGGGCACUGGGGACCCUGCUCCACACCAACCUGCGCAUUAAGCGGGACUCCCAGGGGGAGCUCAUGGUGUACCCCUAUUAUGGUGAGAAAUCAGCUGCCAUGAAGAAACAGAGGAUGACACGCAGGUCCAUUCCUGGUGAACAAGAGCAGGAGGUGGCUGGCUCUAAAGUCUUUCUGGAAAUUGACAACCGCCAGUGUGUUCAAGACUCAGACCACUGUUUCAAGAACACAGAUGCAGCAGCAGCUCUCCUGGCCUCUCACGCCAUACAGGGGACCCUGUCAUACCCUCUCGUGUCUGUCGUCAGUGAAUCCCUGACUCCAGAACGCACUCAGCUCCUCUAUCUCCUUGCUGUUGCUGUUGUCAUCAUUCUGUUUAUUAUUCUGCUGGGGGUAAUCAUGGCAAAACGAAAGCGUAAGCAUGGCUCUCUCUGGCUGCCUGAAGGUUUCACUCUUCGCCGAGAUGCAAGCAAUCACAAGCGUCGUGAGCCAGUGGGACAGGAUGCUGUGGGGCUGAAAAAUCUCUCAGUGCAAGUCUCAGAAGCUAACCUAAUUGGUUCUGGAACAAGUGAACACUGGGUCGAUGAUGAAGGGCCCCAACCAAAGAAAGUGAAGGCUGAAGAUGAAGCCUUACUCUCAGAAGAAGACGACCCCAUUGAUCGACGGCCAUGGACACAGCAGCACCUUGAAGCUGCAGACAUCCGUAGGACACCAUCGCUGGCCCUCACCCCUCCUCAGGCAGAGCAGGAGGUGGAUGUGUUGGAUGUGAAUGUCCGGGGCCCAGAUGGCUGCACCCCAUUAAUGUUGGCUUCUCUCCGAGGAGGCAGCUCAGAUUUGAGUGAUGAAGAUGAAGAUGCAGAGGACUCUUCUGCUAACAUCAUCACAGACUUGGUCUACCAAGGUGCCAGCCUCCAGGCCCAGACGGACCGGACUGGUGAGAUGGCCCUGCACCUUGCAGCCCGCUACUCACGGGCUGAUGCUGCCAAGCGUCUCCUGGAUGCAGGUGCAGAUGCCAAUGCCCAGGACAACAUGGGCCGCUGCCCCCUCCAUGCUGCAGUGGCAGCUGAUGCCCAAGGUGUCUUCCAGAUUCUGAUUCGCAACCGAGUAACUGAUCUAGAUGCCAGGAUGAAUGAUGGUACUACACCCCUGAUCCUGGCUGCCCGCCUGGCUGUGGAGGGAAUGGUGGCAGAACUGAUCAACUGCCAAGCAGAUGUGAAUGCAGUGGAUGACCAUGGAAAAUCUGCCCUUCACUGGGCAGCUGCUGUCAAUAAUGUGGAGGCGACUCUUUUGCUGUUGAAAAAUGGGGCUAACCGAGACAUGCAGGACAACAAGGAAGAGACACCGCUGUUUCUUGCUGCCCGGGAGGGGAGCUAUGAAGCAGCCAAGAUCCUGUUAGACCAUUUUGCCAAUCGAGACAUCACAGACCAUAUGGAUCGUCUUCCCCGGGAUGUGGCUCGGGAUCGCAUGCACCAUGACAUUGUGCGCCUCCUGGAUGAAUACAAUGUGACCCCAAGCCCUCCAGGCACCGUGUUGACUUCUGCUCUCUCACCUGUCAUCUGUGGGCCCAACAGAUCUUUCCUCAGCCUGAAGCACACACCAAUGGGCAAGAAGUCUAGACGGCCCAGUGCCAAGAAUACCAUGCCCACUAGCCUCCCUAACCUUGCCAAGGAGGCGAAGGAUGCCAAGGGUAGUAGGAGGAAGAAGUCUCUGAGUGAGAAGGUCCAACUGUCUGAGAGUUCAGUAACUUUAUCUCCUGUUGAUUCCCUAGAAUCUCCUCACACAUACGUUUCCGAUACCACAUCCUCUCCAAUGAUUACAUCCCCUGGGAUCUUACAGGCCUCACCCAACCCUAUGUUGGCCACUGCCGCCCCUCCUGCCUCAGUCCAUGCCCAGCAUGCACUGUCUUUUUCUAACCUUCAUGAAAUGCAGCCUUUGGCUCAUGGGGCCAGCACUGUGCUUCCCUCAGUGAGCCAGUUGCUAUCCCACCACCACAUUGUGCCCCCAAGCAGUGGCAGUGCUGGAAGCUUGAGUAGGCUCCAUCCAGUCCCAGUCCCAGCAGACUGGAUGAACCGCAUGGAGGUGAAUGAAACCCAGUACAAUGAGAUGUUUGGUAUGGUCCUGGCUCCAGCUGAGGGCACCCACCCUAGCAUAGCUCCCCAGAGCAGGCCACCUGAAGGGAAGCACAUAACCACCCCUCGGGAGCCCUUGCCCCCCAUUGUGACUUUCCAGCUCAUCCCUAAAGGCAGUAUUGCCCAACCAGCGGGGGCUCCCCAGCCUCAGUCCACCUGCCCUCCAGCUGUUACGGGCCCCCUGCCCACCAUGUACCAGAUUCCAGAAAUGGCCCGUUUGCCCAGUGUGGCUUUCCCCACUGCCAUGAUGCCCCAACAGGACGGGCAGGUAGCUCAGACCAUUCUCCCAGCCUAUCAUCCUUUCCCAGCCUCUGUGGGCAAGUACCCCACACCCCCUUCACAGCACAGUUAUGCUUCCUCAAAUGCUGCUGAGCGAACACCCAGUCACAGUGGUCACCUCCAGGGUGAGCAUCCCUACCUGACACCAUCCCCAGAGUCUCCUGACCAGUGGUCAAGUUCAUCACCCCACUCUGCUUCUGACUGGUCAGAUGUGACCACCAGCCCUACCCCUGGGGGUGCUGGAGGAGGUCAGCGGGGACCUGGGACACACAUGUCUGAGCCACCACACAACAACAUGCAGGUUUAUGCGUGAAAGAGUCCACCUCCAGUGUAGAGACAUAACUGCCUUUUGUAAAUGCUGCUGAGGAACAAAUGAAGGUCAUCCGGGAGAGAAAUGAAGAAAUCUCUGGAGCCAGCUUCUAGAGGUAGGAAAGAGAAGAUGCUUUUAUUCAGAUAAUGCAAGAGAAGCAAUUUGUCAGUUUCACUGGGUAUCUGCAAGGCUUAUUGAUUAUUCUAAUCUAAUAAUCAAGACAAGCUUAUGGAAAUGCGAGAGGAAUACAAGCCUUGAGUCCAUGUUUACUCUCUUCUAUUUGGAGCAUAAGAUGGAUGCUUACUGAAGCCCAGACAUUCUUGCAGCCUUGACUGUGUUUUAAGCCCUGCGGGCUUCUGCCAUAUCCAUGAGAAGAUUCUACACUAGAGUCCUGUUGGGAAUUGUGCCCUGGAAUUCUGCCUGAAUUGACCUAUGCAUCUUCUCCUCCUUGGACAUUCUUUUGUCUUCAUUUGGUGCUUUCGAUUUUGCACCUCUCCAUGAUUGUAGCCCUACCAGCAUGUUAUAGGGCAAGACCUUUGUGUUUUUAAUCAUUCCGGCCCAUGAAAGAAACUUUGGUCUCCUUUCCCCUCCUGUCUUCCCAGUAUCUCUUGGAGUCUCACGAGGUUUACUUUGGUAUGGUUCUCAGCAUAAACCUUUCAAGUAUGUUUCUUUAGAAAAUGGACAUACUGUAUUAUGUUCUCCUGCAUAUAUCAUUCCUGGAGAGAGAAGGGGAGCAGAAUAUUUUUCUUCCACAAAUUUUGGGGGCAGGAGAUCCCUUCAAGAGGCUACACCUUAAUUUUUCUUGUCUGUGUGCAGGUCUUCAUAUAAACUUUACCAGGAGGAAGGGUAUGAGUCUGUUGUUUUUCUGUGUAUGGGCCUGGUCAGUGUGACGUUUUAUCCUUGAUGGUCUAGUUACUAUGACCCUCCCUACUUUUUUAAAACCAGAAAAAGGUUUGGAAUGUUGGAAUGACCAAGCGACAAGCUAACUUGUGCAAGAGCCGGCUACCCACCCACAGGUCCCCUACUUCCUACCAAGCAUUCCAUUGACUGCGUGUAUGGAACAUAUUUGUCCCAGAUCUGAGCACUCUAGGCCUGUUUUACUCACUCACCCAGCAUAUGAAACUAGUCUUAACUGUCGAGCCUUUCCUUUCAUCUCCACAGAAGACACUGUCUCAAAUGUUGUACCCUUGCUCUUUAGGACUGAACUUUCCUUAGCCCAAGGGACCCACUGACAGUUGUCUUCCUUUUGUCGGAUGAUCAGUCUCAACUUUCUGAUUAUCUUGCUGCUUAAAGACCUGCUCACCAAUCUUUCUUUCACACUUGUGGUCUGAGUUACUGGUAUACCCAGUAUGUUCUCACUGAAGACGUGGACUUUGUGUUUAAGUGCAGGAAAUGGAAAGUUGGACUUGUUUUCUAUGGUCCAAGACAGCCCUAUAAGAAGAUUGGAAAAGGAGGAACUAUAUAGCUGUUUUCUGCUACCAUUUCUUUUCCUCUGAAGCGGCCAUGGCAUUCCCUUUGGCAACUAACAUAGAAACUCAACAGAACGUUUUCCUUUCCUAGAGUCACCUUCUAGAUGGUAAUGGACAACUACAGACUUGCUCAUUGUUCACACUGUGACUGCCCCUCACCUGAACCCACUGUUUGUAUUCAUGCUCUUGGCAGUUUCCUUGACUCUCUUUUAAGGGCAGAAGCAUUUUAGUUAAUAGUAGAAAAAUAAUAGUUUUCUUCCUCUUCUUCUUGGGCCGGUUAAUAAUUGGUCCAUGGCUACACUGCCACUUUUGUCAGGUACUGUGAUGCCCAUGACACCUGCAAAAUAAGUUCUGCCUGGGCAUUUUGUAGCUAUUAACAGGUGAAUUCCUGACUCUUGGUUUGAAUGACAGUUCUCAUUCCUUCUGUGGCUGCAAGUAUACAUCAGUGCUUCCCACUUACCUAAUAUGUCUGUUGGUGGCCCCGUAUGGAAACCCUGUGUGUCUGUUAGCAUGAUAGUUUACAAAUGGUUUUUUCAGUCCUGUCCAAAUUUAUUGAACCAACAAAAAUAAUUAGUUCUGCCCUGAGAUAAGCAGAUUAAGUUUGUUCAUUGUCUGCUUUAUUCUCUCCAUGUGGCAACAUCCUGUCAGCCUCUUUCAGAGUGUGCAAACAUUUUACCAUUCUAAAUGGUGACUCUCUGUCCUUGGACCCAUUUAUUAUUCAUAGAUGAGGAAAACCUUUCUGCAUGGGCCUCUGUGGACCACAGCAUUCCUGCCCUUUCCUGCCCUCCUGCCCCAGCCCCACUUCUGAAAAUAUCAGCUGCUGAUCCAGCCACUGGAUAUUUUAUAUCCUCCCUUUUCCCUAAGCACGAUGUCAGACCAAAUUGCUUGUUUCUUUUUCUUGGAAUACUUUAAUUCGGAUCCUUUGGGUUUGGAGAAAGGGAAUGUGAAAGCUGUCAUUACAGACAACAGGUUUCAGUGAUGAGGAGGACAACACUGCCUUUCAAACAUUUUACUGAUCUGUUAGAUUUUAAGAACUCUUGAAUUGUGUGGUAUCUAAUAAAAGGGAAGGUAAGAUGGAUAAUCACUUUCUGAUUUGGGUUCUGAAUUGGAGACUCGGUUUUUAUGAGAUACAUCUUUUAUGCCAUGUAUAGAUCCUCCCCUGUUAUUUUUGGUUUAUUUUUAUUUUUAUACAUUCUUUCUUUGACUCCUCUUCUGCCUGCUUUUGGGGAUAGGUUUUUUGUUUGUUUAUUUGCUUCCUCUGUUUUGUUUUAAGCAUCAUUUUCUUAGGUGGGGGAGGCAGAGGUAUGAGGGAAAGAGAGUCUGAGAAUUAAAGAUUUUAGUAUAAGCAAUUGGCUGUGUUGCUGAAAUCCAUUGUAUCAUCUUAUUGAAUUUGACAAUUUGUAAUUCUUGCAUAAUAAAGAACCAAAGGUAUAAUGUUUUGUUGAGAGGUGGUUAGGGAUUUUGGCCCUAACGAAUACAGUGAAUGUAUGAUGACUAUUUGGGAGGAUACAUUUAUGUACCCAGAGGCCCCCACUAAUAACUGGUACUAUGGUUACUUCCUUGUGUACAUUUCUCUUAAAAGUGAUAUUAUAUCUGUUUGUAUGAGAAACCCAAUAACCAAUAAAAUGACCGCAUAUUCCUGACUAAACAUAGUAAGGAAAAUGCACACUUUGUUUUUACUUUUCCGUUUCAUUCUAAAGGUAGUUAAGAUGAAAUUUAUAUGAAAGCAUUUUUAUCACAAAAUAAAAAAGGUUUGCCAAGCUCA